UAGGUCCAACGAAUCGAGGCAGGAUCUUCGACGAGCCCUCGGCGGCUGGGGUCGUUGUACUGAAGCAGGCACUCCCGUUUAAGCCGGGCCGUUAUGGCCAACCGCUCGCCUUGCGCCUGCCGCGUUUCCGGAGGUACGCCAUGUUCGGCUAGGUCGAGGGUCGUGGACAGAGCGGCCAGGCGCCACGGAGUACACUGUUCGCAACCACAUCCCGGCAAACCAGCGCACAACUGCGCCUGCGCGGCUCUGAGGCCCUCCCUCUUUAUUCUGCCCUUUAGCUUCAGGAAGUGCGCCUGCCUGCAGUGACAAUUUUUAAAGGGACAGUAAGAAAACUAGUGACUACAGAAGCGUAGUCAAGGUCUUGGAAUCAGAACCAGAAGUGAUCUCAUCAGUGGUUCUCAAAUUUUGGUAUUUAUGUAAAAACCCAACGUGCUUGUUAAAAUUGUACAUUCUUGGGUUGCAGCCACCAGAAAUUCUGGUUCAGUAGUUUGGAGCUUCGGCCCUAACAUCUAUAUUUUAGAGUCUGGAGUUCCAGUGGAUUGGAUGACCCACCCGGACCGGCAGCCCAGACCAAGAAACUGACUCAACUGGAAUUGUAACCCCAACCCAGUAACAAAGUCAACACAAGAUUUUGCCCCGAUUGCCUAAUCCUUUGCCCGCCAAGCUAUCUUUAAAAAACCUUGUCUCCCAAAUUCUCAGGGAGGAAGAUUUGAGGAAUUACUCCAAUCUCCUGGCUUAGCGAGCUGCAGAAUUAAACCCAUUCUCUGCUGUAACACCUGCUGUCUCAGUGUAUUGGCUUCCUCUUGGGCAGCAUGGCAGUGAACCUGGUUGUGCAGCAACAUAACCAUCACCACAAUUUUAGAACAUUUCAUCCCUCGGAAGGAAACCCCCCAACUGAUAGUAGUCAUUCUCCGUUCUCCCUCCCUACCCUCCAGCCUCUGGCAACCACUAAUUUCUGUUUGUAUGGAUUCACCUAUUCGACAACUUUCAUAUAUAACGUAAUCAUACAAUAUGUGCUCUUUGUGAUCGCCUUCUUUCACUUAGCCACACUUUCAAGAUGUACUUACUGUUUUACAAUUAUCAGGAUAACACCAGUAUGGUUUAGAAAUAAUGAAGGCACUCAUUAUCUCAUUCUAAUACAAACAAAUCUUUUUUUUUUUUCUCCUUCUGCAGGUGCCUUUUCAUUUGAUUGGAGAACAAAUAGAGCACGCUAUCGCCCUCCACCCGCUCCCGCCUCUCUCCCAAACCGACUCCCCGCUUCAGGAGCACCGAGCGCCCCCGCCCAUCCCCGCCGGCGCCUUGCUUACGUCACCGCUGCGAGCCGCAGCCUCCCUCCCUCCCUCUCUGUCGCGGCAGCUUUGACAGAACGCGAUGGCGGCGGCCGCGUCUGCAGGGGUGCCGGCGACUGUGUCGGAAAAGCAAGAGUUUUACCAGCUUCUGAAGAACCUAAUCAAUCCAAGCUGUAUGGUGCGGAGGCAAGCGGAGGAAAUCUAUGAAAAUAUCCCAGGUCUGUGUAAGACUACAUUCCUCUUAGAUGCCGUCAGAAAUAGAAGAGCAGGUUAUGAGGUGAGACAAAUGGCUGCCGCACUGCUACGACGGCUUUUGUCCUCUGGGUUUGAGGAGGUCUAUCCAAAUCUGCCUUCUGAUGUGCAGAGGGAUGUCAAGAUUGAGCUGAUACUGGCUGUUAAGUUAGAAACACAUGCUAGCAUGAGGAAAAAACUUUGUGAUAUUUUUGCGGUGCUGGCCAGGAAUUUGAUAGAUGAGGAUGGCACUAACCACUGGCCAGAAGGUCUGAAGUUUCUUAUUGAUUCAAUCCACUCUAAAAAUGUGGUUCUAUGGGAAGUUGCACUUCACGUUUUCUGGCACUUUCCUGGGAUUUUUGGGAACCGAGAGCGACACGAUUUGGAUAUCAUCAAACGGUUGUUGGACCAAUGUAUUCAAGAUCAAGAACAUCCAGCAAUCAGGACUUUAUCCGCUAGAGCUGCAGCUGCAUUUGUACUUGCUAAUGAGAAUAAUAUUGGUCUUUUCAAAGACUUUGCAGACUUGCUUCCUGGAAUCUUACAGGCUGUGAAUGACUCAUGCUACCAGGAUGAUGAUUCAGUGCUAGAAUCCCUUGUUGAGAUUGCAGAUACUGUACCUAAGUACUUGGGUCCUUAUUUAGAAGAUACUCUGCAGUUGAGUCUGAAGUUAUGUGGAGACUCUAGGCUUAGUAAUCUCCAACGACAGCUGGCUCUCGAAGUAAUAGUGACCUUGUCUGAAACUGCAACUCCAAUGUUGAAAAAACAUACAAAUAUUAUUGCACAGGCAGUUCCUCAUAUAUUAGCAAUGAUGGUUGAUCUACAAGAUGAUGAGGACUGGGUAAAUGCUGAUGAAAUGGAAGAAGAUGAUUUUGACAGCAAUGCAGUUGCUGCUGAGAGUGCAUUAGACAGACUGGCUUGUGGGCUUGGUGGAAAAGUUGUUUUACCAAUGACCAAAGAGCAUAUCAUGCAGAUGCUUCAGAGCCCUGACUGGAAAUACCGACAUGCUGGAUUAAUGGCCUUAUCUGCCAUUGGAGAAGGAUGCCAUCAGCAAAUGGAAUCAAUUCUAGAUGAAACAGUUAACUCCGUUUUGCUUUUUCUUCAGGAUCCUCAUCCAAGGGUAAGGGCUGCAGCCUGUACUACACUUGGACAGAUGGCUACAGAUUUUGCACCUAAUUUCCAAAAGAAAUUCCAUGAAACAGUGAUUGCAGCUUUGUUACGUACCAUGGAAAAUCAAGGUAAUCAGCGUGUGCAAUCACAUGCAGCUUCUGCUCUUAUUAUUUUUAUUGAAGACUGCCCCAAGUCAUUGCUAGUUCUAUAUUUGGAUAGUAUGGUGAAAAGUCUGCAUUCCAUCUUGGUGAUUAAACUUCAAGAGUUGAUUCGGAAUGGAACUAAGUUGGCCUUGGAACAACUUGUGACAACCAUUGCAUCAGUUGCAGAUACAAUAGAAGAAAAAUUUGUUCCAUAUUAUGAUAUAUUUAUGCCCUCACUGAAGCACAUUGUUGAGCUUGCCGUUCAGAAGGAACUCAAGCUUCUGAGAGGAAAAACUAUUGAGUGCAUUAGCCAUGUUGGUCUUGCUGUUGGGAAGGAAAAAUUUAUGCAAGAUGCAUCAAAUGUGAUGCAGCUAUUGUUGAAGACACAAUCAGACUUAAAUAAUAUGGAAGAUGAUGACCCUCAGACUUCUUACAUGGUUUCAGCAUGGGCUAGAAUGUGUAAAAUUCUUGGAAAAGAUUUUCAACAGUACCUUCCACUGGUUAUUGAGCCUCUUAUUAAGACUGCUUCAGCUAAACCUGAUGUUGCUCUCUUAGACACACAAGAUGUGGAGAAUAUGAGUGAUGAUGAUGGCUGGCAAUUUGUAAAUCUUGGAGACCAGCAAAGUUUUGGAAUUAAAACUUCAGGACUUGAAGCGAAAGCAACUGCCUGCCAGAUGUUAGUUUACUACGCUAAGGAGUUAAGGGAAGGAUUUGUGGAAUAUACAGAACAAGUUGUGAAGCUCAUGGUUCCUUUACUGAAAUUUUAUUUCCAUGACAAUGUUCGAGUGGCAGCAGCAGAGUCCAUGCCUUUUCUCUUGGAAUGUGCAAAAAUUCAUGGCCCAGAGUAUCUUGCACAGAUGUGGCAAUUCAUAUGUGAUCCCUUAAUCAAGGCUAUUGGUACUGAACCGGAUACAGAUGUACUCUCAGAAAUAAUGAAUUCUUUUGCAAAGUCCAUUGAAGUAAUGGGAGAUGGUUGCCUUAAUGAUGAACACUUGGAAGAACUGGGAGGAAUACUGAAAGCAAAACUUGAAGGGCACUUUAAAAACCAAGAAUUGCGACAGGUUAAAAGACAGGAAGAAAACUACGAUCAACAGGUUGAGAUGUCUCUGCAAGAUGAGGAUGAAUGUGAUGUUUAUAUUCUGACCAAAGUAUCAGAUAUUUUGCACUCAUUAUUUAGUACUUACAAGGAAAAAAUUUUACCAUGGUUUGAACAGCUACUUCCAUUAAUUGUAAAUCUAAUUUGUUCAAGUAGGCCAUGGCCAGAUAGACAGUGGGGAUUGUGCAUAUUUGAUGACAUCAUAGAGCACUGCAGUCCAACCUCAUUUAAAUAUGUAGAAUAUUUUCGGUGGCCAAUGCUACUUAAUAUGCGAGAUAACAACCCUGAAGUCAGGCAAGCUGCUGCUUAUGGCCUGGGUGUUAUGGCACAGUUUGGUGGAGAUGAUUAUCGUUCUUUAUGUUCAGAAGCUGUUCCAUUGCUGGUAAAAGUUAUUAAGUGUGCAAAUUCCAAAACCAAAAAAAAUGUCAUUGCUACGGAGAACUGUAUCUCAGCAAUAGGGAAGAUUUUGAAGUUUAAGCCUAACUGUGUAAAUGUAGAUGAAGUUCUUCCACACUGGCUAUCGUGGCUUCCGCUGCAUGAAGAUAAAGAGGAAGCUAUUCAGACUUUGAGUUUUCUCUGUGACUUAAUUGAAAGUAACCACCCAGUUGUAAUUGGUCCAAAUAAUUCCAAUCUUCCCAAAAUAAUCAGUAUAAUUGCAGAAGGAAAAAUUAAUGAGACUAUUAAUUAUGAAGAUCCUUGUGCCAAACGCCUAGCUAAUGUUGUACGUCAGGUACAGACUUCUGAAGAAUUAUGGUUGGAAUGCAUAUCCCAACUUGACGAUGAACAGCAGGAAGCCUUACAGGAGUUGCUAAAUUUUGCUUGAAGCCCAUUAGUAUCACUUGAAUAUCUACCAUAAAAGUAAAAUACAAAUAAGUGUUGUGAGUGGAUUCUAUUACAAAUGAGAGAACUGUUUUCUCCCUGCUAAACAGUUUAUAUUUCUUUGCCCUGUUUCUCCAGGUUUAGUCAGUGUUACAGCCUUCUGUUUACCUUGCAUGUUUUAUCUUCUAAACACAGAUCUUGGUGAUAACCUGUGCUUCCAGUUGUCUUAGAAUGUUUGUCACCUUUCCCCUAGUUGAUGUCAAGUAUAUAAAGUGUUGCUAUUUGUUUGAACUAUUAUUGAUGUUGGGCAAGCAGUAUACUUGGUGUCAAGAUGUCAUGCUGACUAUCACAGGAUGCUGAGUCAGGAAGAUAAGAUAGAAUUUCCGGGAUGAACAUCUUUGGAACUGUGAUGAAGGAUAUAAUGGCAGGCUUAUCCCUCCUUGAUAAUACUCCUAGUAUUCAUGGUAGUAAUGGGAGGAUGCUGGAAGUGGGAGAGAGUUUUGAGAUACUGCAGUGGAUGUGGGAGUUUUCUCUAUAAUGUAUGUGAAAUGUUCAUAAUGUACUCCUGAGAACUAGGUGGGACAUAUCCAUAUUCUGGUUCCUAAGGUGUCCUGCUGAGAGUUAUGAGAACUUUUAAAUCUCUUUAGCUAGACUGGUCUCUAUUUUUUUAAGUUAUCUAAGACUCCAAGAAUCAUGGUUACUGAAAAGGGAGUCCUGGUAUGUCUAACAUUGGUAGCAUGUAACAUACUGUAACACAGUGUUUGACAAAUAAUAAGCAGUCAAUAUUUGUGGGAGUCAGUUUGGUGUUAUGUGUUUCAGCAGUGUAUUGCUUUGUAUAUGUAUGCCAUUUCUCCCCCCCUACAAAGCAGCUCAACAAGAAGAGAAGCCCUGACAGAAUAGGACUUAAAUAGAUUUCUGUUUUAAAGAAUUUCCUAAUAGAUUCUACAGUAGCACUGAAGAGUAUUCUACUGUAAAAGUGAAAGGGAAGCAAAUAUAAUUUUAUCUUUAAACAUGAAAAAGACAACAGCUUCAAGACUAGUAAUUUAGCAGUAGAUAUGGAAUGUAAGAAAACAGUUCUAUAAAUUUAGGGUUAAUUAUAUUAAUUAGAAUGUCUUUAAUGUCGAGCUUUUUGUAGGGUAGAAAAAAACUUUCUACUCAGCAAAUCAUUGAUUCAAAACUUAAAAUUUACAAAUCUAUUGUGAUUUCCUGGGGCUAUUGUGAGUACUGUGUAUGUGAAGUAUUUAGAAAAUAUUUAAGACCUAGUAAGUGCUCAAUAAAUUGUAGCUGUUA